AUGGCCGUCGGAGGUGCAGUCAACGCCACAGGCGACGCUGGAUACGUUCAUCUCAUCGACCCAAGGCGGAAAUGGUACAACAAUCGGCGUCUCAUCGCCCUCCAUGCGUGGAUUGUCCUUCUCCUCAUCACCUCGUCCAAUAAUGGGUACGAUGGAAGCAUGAUGAACGGUCUGCAAACACUUCCGCAGUGGAGGGACUACUUCCAUACUCCGUCCGGAAGCAUGCUUGGCCUUUUGAAUGCAAUUCAGAAUAUCGGUUCACUUGCUGCAUAUCCAUUCUCACCGUAUCUCGCCGAUGGUCUUGGCCGUAAGAAGACGGUCUUCAUCGGCGCCGUGAUCAUGUGCAUCGCUACUGUGAUCCAGACAGCAGCCCAGUCUGUUGGAAUGUUCAUCGGUGCUCGAUUCCUGAUUGGUUUCGGGCUUACAUUCGGUGCUGGCGCCGCGCCAAUGCUGGUCACGGAAAUUGCCUAUCCUCCAUAUCGUGGUCCUCUGACAUCGACUUACAAUUCCCUAUGGUAUUCGGGAGCCAUUGUUGCCGCGUGGAGCACCUUUGGUACAUUCAAGAUCAAGAACACCUGGUCGUGGCGUAUCCCCUCGGCCCUUCAGGCCCUCCCGGCCGUACUUCAGGUAUUCCUCGUCCUCUUUGGCCCUGAAUCGCCGCGUUGGUUGAUUAGCAAGGGGAAAGACGAACUUGCAUUGAAUACGCUGGCCUACUACCACGCCGAUGGGAACAGGGAUGACCCCCUUGUUCAGUACGAAUUCCAUGAGAUCAAGAACGCUAUUGACUUCGAUCGUACUGUCGCCGCUAAUGUAGGGUGGAAGGCUCUCGUAGCGACUCCAGGUAACAGGAGACGCAUGCGCAUUAUCGUCGCUCUAGCCUUCUUCUCUCAAUGGUCUGGGAACGGCCUCGUAUCGUACUAUCUUAACAUAGUACUCAACUCAAUAGGUAUCACUAAUCCAACAACCCAGCUCCUCAUCAAUGGAAUUCUUCAAAUAUGGAACUUGGGCUGGGCGCUCCUGGCAGCCGCUCUGUGCGACCGCCUGGGCCGACGACUUCUGUUCCUGGCUUCAGGCGUGGGCAUGCUCAUCUUCUUUACCAUGCAAACCGUGUGUUCCGCCGAGUUCGCUAUCCACGAGUCACAUGCCGCUGCGCAUGCAGUUAUCGCGUUCAUAUUCCUGUUCUACGCCUCCUACGAUCUCGCCUUUACCCCUCUCAUCGUCUCGUAUACCGUCGAAAUUCUGCCUUUCCCACUCCGCGCCAAAGGAUUUACCGUCUUCAAUUUCGCCAUCUCCCUGUCGCUUAUCUUCAAUCAAUACGUCAACCCAGUCGCGCUCGAGGCCAUAAAAUGGAAGUACUACGUUGUGUACUGUUGUUGGCUUCUCUUUGAACUCAUAUUCCUCUACUUCUUCGUUAUCGAGACGAAGAACCGCACACUUGAAGAAACUGCAGCCCUCUUCGAUGGCGAAGAUGCUGCCCAGCACCUACACACUGGCGCCGUUGCCGACCUUAGCCCAAGUACCGAGAAAGAUGAAAAGUCUUCCGGUUCGCUUCAUGAACAUGCCGACAUUCCUACUACUCAUUACUAA